ACACACACACACACACACACACAGAACCUGAGACAGAGAGGCAGACGACCCGGGAGGCAGCAAUGCAAGCGGACAAAAGCAGGGACAGACAAACAAAGGCAGAGACGUGUGGGGAGACUGCUGAAGCGAGGACAAAUGAGGAGGAAGAGAGAGUGAGAAUAAUGAAGAGGUGGUUGCACCAUCUGCUGCCUGAGAGAGAAACAUGUUAGCCAUUCAGAGGAGAGCAGGGAGGCAGCUAGCGAUCUGCAGUGAGAUACCCCAACAUCCCCUCCUGAAUGACGGUCACAAUGAAGAGUCAGCAGCCAAAAGAGGGGAGAGUUUUGACGAAGAGAUUUGCACUUCUCUAAGGGGACCAACGACACAGACACAAGCAGAAUCCACUCUCCUCUAACUUUGGAAAAUAAUCUAGACUGAGUGCAGUUACAGCGGGAAUAUUUAAUCCUGAAUAAUUAAUUACAUGACCUCAGAUCUGUGCUAAUCAGGGUUGCGAUGCAUACUCCAGCCUCCAUGGUGAUGGGGAUUGUCUUCGCCCCUUUGGGAUUGGUCCUGGUGUUCACUGCGGCCAUCACCCCUCAGUGGAGAGAGGGACAGGCUCGUCUGGGCAUGACAGGAGUCAAAGGUCAAGGGGUGGGGGUCAGGUCUGGGGCAGUGGAAGCUCUGCUGCUGCUGCGCUCUGAUGGCCUCUGGGAGAGCUGCGUGCAGGUGGAGCACUCGGAGCUGAAGCAGUGCUGGCCUGUGUCGGGUCCGUACCAGAGGGACCCGAGGGUUCGCCUGGCACAAGGUUUGAUCCUGAGCUCGUUGUUCCUGUGCGGCACCGGCAUCGUCCUGGCGUGUAUCGGGGUCCGGUGCUGGACAGAUAUUCCCAUGAGAGGUGUAGCAGCUACAGGGGGUCUCCUGGUGGUGACGGCCGGGCUGCUGAGCCUCACUGCGCUCGGGGUGUACACCCACAAUCUGGCAAGACUGGGGAUCAACUACCCCAGGUUCCCCCACCUCAUCCUGCGUCCGGCGGGCUCGCUCUACUUUGGGUGGUUGGGGUCUUGUUUACAGGUGGUGGGAGGCAUUGCUCUGAUGUUCAGCUUCAAACGAGCAAGAUAUCCCACCUGCCCAGCCUGCCCGGAGCUGACAGUCUGUCCUGCAUGCCGAUCAUGUCCCGAGAUCACCAAGCAUGACACGGAGGUAUACGAAGUCAGUUGUUAGAGUAUGAACCUCACACAUAAAUGACCUAAAGAUCAUAUGGGUGAAAAUGACCAAAUCUGGACAGGUGUGAACUUAAUAAAGUCAAUUCAAACUCAUCAGCUGAUACAUCUGCCAACUAACAAAAUGAGUCAAUUCAAAAUGACUGUGGAAAUGACUGCUCCAUAAUGGACUUGAAUGUCAGAUAUGAGCAAGACGGAUGUAAUUGCCUCGUGAUGUAGACAGAAACACAAUCACACAUAAUGUUACAAAAAACAAAAAAGCUCAAGUUUUCUGCUGCCUUUCACUGUAGUGAAAACAUGACUGAGUUAUCUUUGUGCCGUAUUUUACAUUGUAGCCACGCUUUUGUACUGUUAGCAAGAUGUUUUUACAUGUAAAUGUGACAUAUUUGUGAUAAAUGAAAUGCUGCUUAGAUAAUGUUAAGGCUUUGAAUAAAGACAAUUGAUUAAACGUGUUUUAGACAUUGUAAACUUUGAACGCUUGUUUUAUCUGUACUUUGUAGUAAGUCACAUUGAUGAAAAUCCCCUGUUUUUCUGACAAAUGUAGUUAAUUGGACUGUAGAGAACAAUCUUCAAAAAUACAUAUUUUAGAAGUCAGGUAGACUUUAAGAACAUCACAAAUAAUAUGUAGAUUUAUCAGCCUUCCAGAGUAAAUCUUUGUAAAAUACAUCCACAAAGGACCCUUCUAGGGAAUGUGAUAUUACUGUCUUGAUAACACAAACAUUGAGGAGUCCAAACAGUGUUUGAGGAGAAGGAGGAUGUACACCAGGGUGUUGUUUGUUGUUUGUAUUGGUGUUAACUUGUCACAGUGUGUUCAUACGUGGUGUAUUCCACAUUGAAUAAAACAUUAAAAACCUAAA